AUGCUGCUAAGAACGCUAAUAUUAAUAUUUGGAUUUUUCUGCGUUUUUGAAGCCUCGGAUUCUAUCGAGCGAAUCUUGGGUGUAAGGUAUGCUGAGCCGUUGGAGCGACGAUAUACGGAUUCCCGCCUCAUAUCGAAGUUUAUAAGGCCAAAAGCUAACGAUUGGCCGAAUCGUUGUAUUGUUGAUCGACCGGAGGAAGGUAAUUCCGAAGAUUGCCUAUUUCUGUCCAUUUUAAAGCAUGCUGAAGCGGAAAAGGAGACCCCAGCCCUUGUCUAUGUCACAAAUGAGGCGUUAAGCGAGGCAAAGUUGGUGAAACUUGUUAACAAGGAAUUGUCAGUUAUCGUGGCGCACGCACGGCAAGGGGUAUACGCAAGCUACAACGAAGAAGUCUACUCCGAUUCCGAUCUCGAAAAUCUCUUCAAAUUCCUGACCAACGAAAGGGAUUCCCUAGGCAUUGGCCCGAUUACCGUACUCGCCGAGGAGCACCUGGCCGAGGCGGUCAGUCGCGUGCUGGAGAAGCUCGACGUCCAGCGUGCAAUUCUAUUUGGUGGGAAUGCGUUGACCAGGACUUAUGGCCGUGAGAGGUUCGCAAGUCGAGUGGCUUCGAAAUUGAAGCGACUGUCAAGCUGUGAUCUGCCUUCGGAAGAGCAGGCAUUACACUGUCUCCGAGCGCUUCCGGAGUUAUUCUACCCUUUUGGGGACCCAUAUCGAGUUCCAAAGUUGCGAAAAACCAAGAACCGGCAGAUUCCGACAAUGUACGGGUUGUGGAAAAAGGAGGCCCCGGAGAGAUACGUCUAUCCCACGACCACCAACUUCACAGCCGACUUCGACUACCGCAACUUCAAGCAGUUCCUGGCCGGUCUCAUCCCGGAUGCCACGUACCAAAACGGACCCCUCGUACGCCGCGUGGCCCUCCAUCACUACGUCCACACCAAAGGCGACAAGAAGGACACCUAUUUCCUCUUUGAAGCCAUGAGAGAAAUGCUCUGGGACCGGGAUUUUGCCGUCCCAACCGACAGGCUUAUCGCCCAUUUCACCAAAUCCAAAGCCAACCAAGUCUGGCUGUUCCAGUAUGGGAUUGAUAAUCCACCGAAAAACUGCCUUCAGGACGGCGGCUGGGAGGACAUCGAACCUUUUUGUACUCGAUUGCUAGGAUAUUACACGAGAUUUGCAUCGAAGGGGAAACCUACUGAAGAAGGCUGCUCGGCCACGAAUCCCAGCUUUCCGGCCCUCGGCACGUCGAAAAGGGAUUAUUUCAUCAGGAUACAUGCUGACGGCACCCCCGAAUGGGACUUUGACUUCUACCGAUCUUCCGUGGCAUUUUGGCGCGAUUUGGCUCCAGAACUCGGCCAAAUCGAGUUGGCCGGCCGCAGAGAUGCCGUUUUUCAAGAAGUAGAAGAGCCUGAUCCGCUCGAGGAGUUUGAUGACGUCCAGCCCUGGCACGUCAACCAGGCCCGGGAAAACGCGCGGAUACUUGGCGAGCAAGCGGGGGAAAUUAAGGAAGAAUUG